CCCGCCCACCCGGCCGCUGAUUGGCCCGGCCGUGUAGCGAGUGGGUCGCCGGGAGACGGCCGAACGUUGCCAUUGUAUAUGUAGCGAUUGCGGGAGGAGGGGGGGGAACUGACAAGCGGCCGAGGGAAGGAAGGUGUGCGGUGUAUUGAAGGCGGAAUAUGGCACGUACUAAGCAGACGGCUCGUAAGUCAACGGGUGGCAAGGCCCCGCGCAAGCAGCUGGCCACCAAAGCAGCCCGCAAGAGUGCGCCGUCCACCGGCGGAGUGAAGAAGCCUCACCGCUACAGGCCGGGCACCGUGGCCCUGCGCGAGAUCCGCCGCUACCAGAAGUCGACCGAGCUGCUGAUCCGCAAGCUGCCCUUCCAGCGCCUGGUGCGCGAGAUCGCCCAGGACUUCAAGACGGACCUGCGCUUCCAGAGCGCGGCCAUCGGUGCUCUCCAGGAAGCUAGCGAGGCCUACCUGGUAGGCCUCUUCGAGGACACGAACCUGUGCGCCAUCCACGCCAAGCGAGUCACCAUCAUGCCCAAGGACAUCCAGCUGGCCCGGCGCAUCCGCGGCGAGAGGGCCUAAGGAGGCCAGGGGGGGGUUGGCUUCCCCUCUCCCUUUGUUCGGUAGUUCUGUCGACUGUUCUAGAAUUUUCCUCUGAGUGAACUGUCGCUGUUCUAACUCCUUCCUGGGGGGAGGGGUGGGUGGGGCUGGGUCUGAGGCAGAAUAUUAUAUAUAUUUUUUUUUUCUCCUUUUUUUCCUCCCUGUCCCUCUCUUUUUCUCCCCCGCUCCCCCACACCCACCACGCUGGUGAAUUGAGGCUUGGUGCUUCAGGCAGGUGUGGGACGCCGCUGCCCGCUCCCCACCCGCCCCAUGACCGCGCCAGAUUCCCGCCAUCCACGCUCCCCAUUUCCCGCCGCGGGAAGAGGGAGCCCGCGUCGUGGCGCGGGACCCCAGCUAAACCCUGCGUCAUCCUGCCCCCCCCCCCUCCCCCCCACUAGUCCCAAGGUCGCCCUGGCCCUGCCUUUUGUAAUGAAUUUUAUAUCGCCGUAACGCAAAAAAAAAAAACAUUUUUCCGUCGACCUCAUGAUAACGGGAGGAGGGGGAAAGAAACGACAAUUACAGGUGCUUAACGUUUACCUCCAAGCCGAGGGAGAGCUCCCCUCUGUUUCCUCGGCCGCAGGGGAAGAUUCAGGAUGACGUUCGAAUUCUUUCUCUUCUUUGUGUUAGUUUUUGCAAAAAAAAACCCCCACAGUUUUCUCAGCAGCUAUUUUUACCCCUUCAGUCCUCUUUUUUAAAUGGGCGGAGACAAUUUUUUUUUUUUUGGAGGGCAGAUUCCUUGCAAAAAUGCCUCCAGAAGAUUUUAACCCCAGGGUAGAGGGGGGGAAAAGAUACACCAUGUCCAAAGUCGGUGUUUCGAACGUGAAAUGGCCGCAAGAAAAUGCUUGGACAGUGUGUGAGGAGCCCGUUCCUCAUCGCUGAAUGAGGUAUCAGGACCUAGAUUGUCCAAGUGUGUGUGUGUCUGUGAUUUUUCUUUCCCCGUCUCCCCCCCACCGCCACCCCCGUUUGGUGUGAACGGUUGGCUUUAAAAGGCAAUUGCCCCUCUUCCUGCACACAGUGCGAGUGUGCUUGUUACCCCUCGCAAAGUGGGGGUAAUGCAGGUGUGGGAAGGGUUAACUACCAGUCUUGCCUUCGAGUCUCCCUUGGUCGGCCGACUGGCGAGGAAGCCGGGAGCUUGUGGUCCGGGCGGGCACGGUCACACUCGAAUAAACCGGGGCCGGCUGACCGGCGACGGCCGGGAAAUUGGGCAAGGUGUCGGGACGGCAUUGGGCAGUCCCUGUCCUGGGAGGGUGAAGGGACCUUAACUCCGCCGCUUCUGCCCGCUUCGGGCGUAGCCGCUGUUUGAAAAGAACGCCUUCACCGUAGGCGGCUCCUGCCGAUCGCCACUUGGCACUUACCCCUCCUCCCUGUGCUCUCUCUGCCCCCGCCCCCACUCCCAUCCGGGAGGGGGAGAGGAAAAGGUCUAAAUGUCUCCCACACUUGCAGCACGAGUUUCCAGUUCACAGCACAGUCCAGGGUAUUUUAUAAGUCGGUCUUUAAAUCUUUCAUAUCAGCUACACUGUAGAAAAAAAAUGUUUGUAGAAAGGGUUUUAUUUGUGUUUUUGAGAAAAAAAAAGUUUAAACUUCUUUGUGUUUGUCUUUCUGAAGAGGUUUCUUCAUCUAUAUUCAUGAAGUGUCUCCUUUCUGUGACGACUGUCUUCUCUCUAUCUUGUACACAUUACUAUUAAAAGCUUGAAAGCUGAA